AUCAUACAGCUCCAAGUAGCUAAAUGGGGUACACGUGGCUCCUUCAGGAAAAAAAAGAUUUGGAGAAAAGAUUUUGAGUAGGAAUUCUCACUCGAAUUUGGCAAAUUGGUUAAAGAAGAAUUCUACAAUCAAUGCCCAAACGAAGAGGAAGACCUUGCAAACAGAGUAAAAAAAUCACGGAGAAUGCUAAUCAGGAGAAGCAUCAAGUGGAUAAGGAUGAUGAUAUAUUAACCAAGGAGGAAGUUGAAUGUCAAAGUGCUUCAGUGAGGGCCAUUUGUAAUUUGGAGAUUAAAGACGUACUAUCUCUCCUGCGCUUGCUUAGGUCGAAAUUAAAUGAUGAACAGCUGCAUAUUCCGGUUAUGCAAUUUUUUAGGGAAAACCUUCCAAACCUGGCCGUUGUUAGGAACGAGGAUGGAACUCAUGAAGUGAAAAGAAAAGAAGCUGAUGGUAAUUUAAGCAUGGACCAAUUUGAUGGAAGAAAUCUACAUGUGUCUUUUCUACGACAGCUGUCCAUGGCUUACCCUGAUUGCUCCAAUGCAAUACCAUCAUUUGGUGGAUUUGGAUCUUCAAGCAAAUCCAGUAUCUUUAAUGAAAACAAAAACAUGCAGAUCAAGCUAUUCGUUUUAGAGGACCCAUUUGACCCUCAGAUGUUUGAGCUGCAGGAUACUCUACAGACUCCUGGUGUGACUAACCCGUUAUCUGUUGGGACGACACCCAAAGCUCUACGGCUUCCUAAGACUGGAGAAGUGCUUCUAUCGGUGCAUGGCUCUCCUCUUGGUGUUUACAAGGAGGACAACAUGGAACCGAUACAUGAGUCACAAGAUGCAUGAAUGACCUGCAGGCAGGAUUUUAUUAGAUUGGGGUAGAAGAUAUAGUUCCUCAUUGUAAUCUUUUAUAGUAGCUCAUUUUAAAGUACAUCGACCUUUGCUCUUAGUUGAACUUGGAGGAGGAGUGUUGUAAACAGCCAUUUGCAUAUAAAUUUCUUGGCCUCUGAUCUUUCUCUU